UUUAAUUCAUUAUGCUUAUUUUUUCUGAUCUUGUACCAUUUAUUUAUCUUUUUUUUCCUCAGCCUAUAUAUUAAAAAUUGAAAAAUCUUGACCUCAUUAGUGUAGAAGUACGUCAUAAUAAUCUAGAGGUAAAAAUAUAUAGUAGUUUUACUAUUAUAAAAUCAUCAAUAAGCUUGCGAAUCUUGAGAUAUGAGAGAUAUUUCUUGAACAAAAAUUUUGAGCCGAAUACAACUCCAAACUUGCGAAUUUAACAUGGCCGCAGGUUUAGCUACUAAGAUAAAAAUUCAUUUUCUCCAAUCUCCGCAUUGUUCGCUCCUUUUUUCCUGCUGGUCUAUUCAUGUAAAACUAACAUGAAAAUCAAAUUUCAAACAUAAAAAGGAAAUAUAGUAGAAACCCAAAAUUCCAGGACCCAAAGGGCAACCAUUUCUCUUUGCCUUUACCAUUUUAUCCUGCAUUGUCAUUAUCAAUGUCAAUGCUAUUCCAAAAGGCUCAAAUCUUAUCAGCAGCAAUCUUGCUGCUCUUCUUCAAUUUUAUUUUCACUUUCAUUUCCUCCACAGAAGCAACCGGAUUCAACUGGGUCCAACAAGAGUUCCUCAAAUCCCACAAUGAUCUGAGAGCAAGCGUUGGCGUCCCACCCUUGCAGUGGGACGCCAACCUGGCUGCGUUCUCCCUAUCCUGGGCGAACCAGCGCAAACAACACUGCGAUUACAGGCAACAUUCGACGAGUCCAUAUGGGGAAAACAUAUUCUGGGAACUCUACAGACAGAACACUGCCACCAGCAUUGUCCAGAAAUGGUUCGCGGAGAAACAGUUUUUCAACCACGCGACGAAUCAAUGCAAUUGCAACCCUGAACGUGCGGGGUGUGAAUGUGGGCAUUAUUUGAAUGUUAUAUGGAAAACUACCACCAAAGUUGGUUGUAGUGGAUUUGUUUAUUGCGAUGAUCAAAAGGGCGCGAUUGUUGUAUGCUCAUAUGAUCCUAUUGGGAAUUAUAAGGGUGUCAACCCUUUGAAUCCCGGUAAUAAUGUGGCUGCCACGUCACCAGUUUUACAGCCAAAAACGGUGAACACUGGUAAUGUGCAACGUGGCAGAGGUAGAAAACGCAAUGUGGGUGUAAGGUCACCAGUUCUGUUGAGACGCCCUUCGAUUCCCAGGAAAUCUGGACGUGGCAAAGGUAGAAAAAACAAGCGUGUUUAAAGAUUUCUGAUUUCAGUAUUGGAGCAUCGCCAUGAUUAAUGGCGAUGCUCCAACAAUAGGUGAGAUAUGAUCUCCAAUGUAACACUAUGUGUGAUCAGAAUGUAAAAAUGCUCCGCUUCUGUCAAACUCAUACAUUAAUUCAAUUGACAUUUUCCUGAUU